AUGGAGAACUUGACAUUUACAAACAGCCUUCUGCUGGUGGAGGGACUGAAAGUUACACCUCAGUCAUCUUAUCCUGUUUUUAUCCUGCUUCUGUUAGCUUAUAUUUUUGCAAUGGGAUGUAACAUUAUACUUAUAAUUCUCAUCUCAACACAGAAGAAUCUGCAUCAUCCUAUGCAUUUUCUGUUUUGUAAUCUACCACUGAAUGAUAUACUGGGUACCACUGUCAUGUUCCCACGCUUAUUACAGGAUAUUUUAAAAGAAGCUUCUGAGCGAUAUAUUACAUAUGUGGAGUGUGUUAUUCAAGCUUAUUUUGGGCAUAUAUUUGCAGCGGGAAGCCACUAUGUGUUAAUGAUAGGCCUCACAAUACGCCUCUCUCGCUGCAGAUAUAAAAUUGAAAAUCCUUUCUGUGACAAUGCCUCACUGUUUAAACUGUCCUGUGAAAAUGUAUCUGUUAAUAAUGUGUAUGGACUCAUUUACACUGUUAUUAUUUUUACUUUAUCACUUGGGUCUGUAUUUAUAACGUAUUUCAAGAUUGCUACUGUGUGCAUUACCAGCAAAAACAAAUCGCUCAAUAGCAAAGCCAUAAAAACCUGCAGCACUCAUUUAGCUGUUUACUUAAUAAUGCUUGUAACUGGAGCCACUGUGAUUUUUCUUCAUCGUGUUCCUGAAUACUCUGACAGCAGGAAACUAGCUAGUAUUAUUGUUCACAUUGUACCACCAGGAUUAAAUCCUUUAGUAUACGGUUUACAAACUAAAGAGAUAAGAGAAAAAAUUGUUAAACUUGUUAGUAAAAGUAAAAAGUUCUUUGGAAUCCUAAUGAGUGUGGAUGUCUGGGUGCUAGCUAUUACUGGAGAGGGUGAGCUGAAAAAUACGUUUGUGGAAAUAUUUGGAUUCCAUUAG